CGUCUGAUACGUACGCAAGUCAGGUAUCUCAAGCUUACGCUGCUACGUCAGCUGAGCUGCGAAGAGAACAGGAAGCAGAUCGUUUAGUUGCUGUUGGAGCGUUGGUCAGUGCUAGCUCUACAACCACUAGUAGCUGAUCCUAGAAUGCCGCUAUGGAGGAGCGGAAGCUGAAACGAAAGAGUCCCAGACCAUCCACAAACCAGCCAGCCCAACCGCCCACCACCCGAAAGAGUUCAUCUUCGGGCCGCCACCUCGGCUUCAACAACAUGGGCACUCACUCGAGCCAGAAGUCCAGGAGCCGGAGGGUUGGGAGAGACAAGGCCAGGGCACAGCAGCAGGGCGCAGGAGCCAGGACGGGGCAGGGCCAGACGGCCCCCAUCAUCCAGCACUCCUUCCUGACUGACGUGUCGGACGUACAGGAGAUGGAGAAGGGACUUCUGAGUCUCCUCAACGACUUUCAUUCAGGCAAACUGCAGGCCUUCGGUAACGAGUGCUCCAUCGACCAGAUGGAGCAGGUGAGGGAGAUGCAGGAGAAGUUGGCCCGUUUGCACUUUGACCUGUAUGGAGAGGUGGAUGAGAUGCCAGAGGAGCAGCAGAAGACUGCUUCUGACACCAACAUGGACAAACUACUGCUCAAUCUAGAGGAUCUUAGUACAUCAAUUCAGAAACUCAACCUAGCAGACAGCCAGGAGGUCCCAAAGACUGCCAGCGUCUGAGUUUCCACUCUCCUGUUCCAAUGUCCUCUCCUGCAAUUUGUACUGAAGUUACAGCACCUACAGCACUUGCACAUACACUCACUCUCUCUCUCUCUCUCUCUGUCUCUCUCACACACAGACUAAACCACAGGUCUUCUUCUUGAACUACUCAAUGACCAGCAUUAAGGUUAAACCACUAUGGACAGCAUUUGACUUAUCACUCUUACUAUGUGUUGGAGUCAUUGAUGUAUUAAAUGAUUCAUUAAAGGGUCAGUUGAGUUGAGGUACAUGCCCCAAUCGGU